AUGGCUCUCACACCGGCAGCAUCUGUGGAAGCCAGCCUCAGAGAUUCUCAAGUCUCAUGCAUUCUCACAUACGAACCUCUGGAUACAUACAAGAUUACUACAUCUGUUCAAGAUGUCACUUCAGGUGCAACUGCCGUCUUCAUUGGUACGACGCGUAAUUAUUUCAAAGGGAAAAUUGUUACUCGCCUCGAAUAUCAAGCAUAUUCUGCAAUAGCCAUCAAGACUAUGAUGAACAUUGGGAAAUCAGCUAUUACAGGGGCCUUUCGCUCACAACAUCAGCCACAUGCGAUUCAGCCGACGAUGCGAUGUGCUAUCCACCACCGACUAGGUACGGUGCCUAUCGGAGAGGCUUCCAUAGUUAUUGCGGUGUCUUCACCCCACAGAAAAGAAGCAUUCCUGGUCUGCGAGGAAAUUCUUGAGCAAGUAAAGCUUAAAGCGCAAAUAUGGAAGCGAGAAUACUAUGAGGGAGAGGACGAAAGUGAAGCAGAAUGGAAAGCAAAUUUUUAG